AUGGACGUAUCUGAUCUGGUCAGAAGCUUUUGUCUGCCCUUUGAUGGCAAGCUGCCGAUUGGCAACGCCAUGAGUCGAGACCCUGGCCUGUUUGUUGUACGGACACCAAAAUAUCUACGUAGGCAACCCGCCUUGAUCAAAGCGUCUGUUGUCACGGCGGGUCUGCCUUGGACACAUUCGACUAUUCUGCGAGCUGGGAAAUACGAUUAUGAUCAAUGGCGACCUCUCCGUGCGCCACGUAGGCUUCGUGGACUACUGCUCGUAUCUAUCUCCCCGCCAUGGUGUCCUUUCAUUGAAAACAAGAGCGGGCCCUCCCAGGUUUCCCGGCUGCCAACAGGUCUGAACUAUCAAGUGGCACUGGAUCCCAUCUCCCUACCAUCGAACACACUACGCCAAGAUGAAGAAUGUGUCCUGAAUUCUUUGAAAUCCCCUAAAUCGACCACUGAAACACGGAAGCUCUGUUCUAACCCAACAAGACCAGUCACCGAUCACAAGAAGCCGCCAGCACGCCGGGCUCCGAAGCGCUUGCCUUCUGCCCGCAAACCAGCGCGAGAGCGAACCUAUUCUGGACUUCCCAGUACCUCAGAGGCAUGCAGACCGGCAGAUUCACCUUCACCGGCAUCGAUUACAAUGCAUGCGCCAUCUGCCCCGCUCGAAGAACAUGCUUCGAACUCUUUGGCGCCUCUAAGAACACCAACUAUGACACCCGAGCUCUGUUCUAGCCUAACAGUACUGAACACAAACGCACGGAAGAGGCCAAGACACUGCACACCUUCUGUACGCAAACCGGCGCAAGGGCGGGCCCCUCCAGAACCUCACAACGACUCAGUAAUACCAACGGAGCCGCUCUCACCGCCAUCUGUCACUGUGCACACAGCACCUCCCUUUCUGUUGCUGGACGCACCUGUUAGGCAUGCGCGCCGCCGAUUCGCGCCGCCAUCGAAAGAAAUGCUGCAGCUGCUUGUAGAGACAGAACUAGCCCUCCUGCCCACCGAGGUCUCAUCAAAGCGUCCUAAGAUCCAGCUCCAACCGCCAGCGUCAGUAUCACAGACUACUCCCCCACGAACUGAGGAUCGGACGAAGGAGGGCGAAUCAAGACCCACCCCGACAAUAACACAACGACAUAUCAACACGAACAGCUUAUUCCUCGGGACUCACGAUACAAGCCCCGCUUUGGUGACUCGUGCAGAAGCUGAGGCUGCAUGUGCAAAGUCACCUUGUUCUCGCUUCGUCCACGAUUACCGCCUAGAAUAUACCCAUUUGCCGUCCAUCCUACAGACAACAAUAAGAAUACCACCAAGCAGGGCGAAGGCUUCGACACCACUUCUUCCAUCCCACUAG